AAGUGGCAAGUGUGUCAUCGUCUUGAACCUGGACAGGCACACCGACACAAAGGUUCCUCACAGUAGAAUCUGAUUUUUAGGCCCAAAGAUAAGAACCUCCUGUUUUAUUUGACUUUAGCUCAAGGAAGUUUUGGGACAUCAAGGAUUAUAUGUCUUUUCAAACAACUUUGAAUUUUGCCUAGUUGAUAUGGUUCAUUUCAACUAGCAGGUUCAUUUCAACCAUCCCUGUGGUACUACAAAGCUAAUCCUUGUAAACACUGUACUGUAUGGAAGAUUCAUCAUUAACAUGAACAAACUGGAAUCUGUUGAACAGAUUUAAUUCCAAUGCUCUUCCUUUUACACUUGAGUUUUAGAGUCUGGGUGAGAAAGGCUGAGUUAGGCUCUCAAAUUAGCUAUACUGUAACUACUGUAUGUUUAGGUCUAGGAGUAAUAAGUCUGAGGUACAAAUUGCUGCUACACCUCCACUUCGACCUGUAAAAUCAUAGUUGAUGUGACUCAUUGGAGUCGACCUGUAAGACUGCAACUCUCAUUUAUUAGCCAUAAAGCCCACAUUGUCUACUGGACAUAAACAUAAGACACACCGACCAGAGGGAGAGGGGGAAGUCAUAACUGGAAGUAAAGUUAGGCACUAAGCUAGCAGAGAUAACGAUAGAUAAAUGUGAAGAUUAGCAGGACGUUUAAUGAAAAGAUGCUUGAGUAUUGCAAGCUUGUUUUGCGACUCUUAGCAGUCGCUACCAGAUAUAAGGCGAUAAUAUUUAGAAAAGAGCGGAGAGCAACGCCGUACACAGGUAGUGGCAGCAAACCUCGGUAACAGGAAGUGACUUGAUAUGCUUAUCAUCAUCCAGUCAGGCAACGUGUCCGUCUGUUGGGAGUUUGACAUACAUUGUGAAAAGUUUCAAUAUUCUAGGCUUAAAGUCUCCCACUGUAAUCAGCCAAUCAAGCAAAAGAAGUUUCAUCCAAAACCACCACACACAGACGGAUCCUGGACACGGGCUUUAAAUGUCAUAUUGUUCUUGUCAAGCUGCUUCUGAACAACAGACUUUAGCAGUGACUUACCUGGGCUAAAGGAAAAAAAAGAACUGGUCUGUUGCUCAGUGGUCCAAAGUCCUCUUUUCUGAUAAGGACAACUUUUGCAUUUCAUUUGGAAACCGAGGCCCCAGAGUCUGGAAGAGGAAUGAAGAGGAGAGGCUCACAGUACAAGAUGCUUGAUGUUUCCACAGUCUGUGCUGAUUUGGGGAGCUAUGAUAUCUGCUGGCUUUGGUUCAUUGUGCUUCAUUAAGUCCAGGGUCAACCCAGCCGUCUACUAGAAGAUUUUGGAGCACUUUAUGCUUCCGUCUGCAGACAAGCUUUAUGGGGAUGCUGACUUCAAUUUCCAGCUGGAUUUGGCACUUGCCCACACUACCAAAACCUGGUUCAAUGAUGGUGAGAUUACUGUGCCUGAUUGGCCAGAAAACUUGCCUGACCUGAACCCUAUAAAGAAUCUAUGGGGCAUUUCCAAGAGAAAGAGGAGAGAUGUGAGACCGAGCAAUGCCAAAGAGCUGAAGGCCUCAGCAGUGCCACAGGCUAAUCCAUGCCAUGCCGCAAUGAGGCAGUAAUUGCUGCAAAAGGGGCCCAAACCAGUACAUAUGCAUACUUAUACUUUUCAGAGGUCUGAUCCUUGUUUUAUUGAUUAAAAUUUUAGAUUGAGGAUUGGAGGUUUUCAUGAGCUCUACACAAUGAUCAUCUCAAUUAUAACACAUCACAUCUGAGUCUAUCUCAUAUUAAUUUCAUAUUUUAAGUUGCUUUACUGAAAAAAAUGGACUUUUGUAUCACCUGUAAAUUCGAAACACAUUCUUUUGGCGUUUUGCUGCAUCAACACUGUUUUACAGUCGCUCCAUAAAACGUGGGUUAGUUGCUACCAAACUUGUUUAAUCAGGAAAUGUGUUUUCUAACAAGCCCCACAAAUGACCUGAUGUCUAAGGUAAACAUUGGAACUGCCUGUGUACAUACUGGCUCCAUUGUUCCCCAUGUACACACAGCGGCAUCAGCUUGGUCGGGUGGAAUAAUGGCUGCUGCUUGAUGCUUUGAUGCCAUAAACUUUAUGGAGUGACAGGAUAAAGACCCUGAUUUUACUGUUGGAGAGAAACCGACCAGGUCUACAUUUUAGGUCUAGAGUUUACAUGUUUAAACAAUAAAACAAACUUCUUGUGCCACCGUAUGUUCACGUCAGAUGGUUUGGGCAAUGUACUGAUUAAACGUAUGAAGCCCUUUGAGGCAGAUUUGUAUUUUUAUUUGUAUUAUCUAUAAUUUCAUAAUACUUAUACCAGGGGAUGUAUUACUUGUGUUUCAUCGGCUGCGUCAUUCAUAUGGCGUCUGUCCUGGUUCUGGUUCUAGCCCAGAGGUGGGCAAACUUGGUGCUCAAGGGCUGCUGUCCUGCUGGUUUUCUAACUCUCCCUGCCCCAGUUACCGCUGAUUACCUCGCCCAGGUGUGUUCAGUCAGUUGAAAAAGCUAACUGACACACCUGGUCAAAGUGAUCAGCAGGGAGAGUUGGAAAACCAGCAGGGACAGCAGCCCUCGAGGACCAGCAGUGCCCACCCCUGCUCCAGCCCCUGGCAUCACUACCAAAUUCUAAAAGACAGUAUUGUUGGCACCUGAGCUGCUGUUAUUGCACUUGUUCAAAGUGCCAAGUUUUACUGGAUUUGUUGUCAUGGCCUUUAAAUUUUCACUCUCCUUCAAUGUUGAUGUUUGACUGUUUUCACAGCUUUUGACCCAUGUGUUUCAUGCAACUGUUGAUUUGCUUAACUGCUAGUAUACAUAUACAUACAGGAAAUGCUUUGGUUUCCUGUGUAUGUGAUGCAGCAGAGUGUUUAGCAGUCUUGUGAAUGGAGUAGCAUGUUUACCUUGUACUAGUUAGACCAGCAGAAAGAAUUUCCAGUGUCCUUCAGGAACUUGGUACCGAGGAGCUAUUCAUUUAAGUGUGGAGACGUGUGGGACAAAGGGGACCAGUCGCUGUCCCCAGUGGUGACACUGGUUCUGGUGGUGGAAGGCAUCGCACACACAACGCGAUGGUGAAGAAGCGCAGUCGACACCCAGUGAAGCUGCUGAUUGUGGUCAGUGAGUGUUAAACGCAGGGCAGCAGGUGUGAGCGAGGCGCCACCGGCACACGACGCGACAGCAGGUCGACGUUUGGGUUCAGAGUCUGAAACACCAGAAUCUCAGGAGGCCAGCGUGGUUUUCAUCCCCUCAAAGGUCAAAGGAAUAACACGAGAGCUGACCAAUAGAAACCCCGGCUUUGACGUGACGUCACACUAUCACCCUAUCACACGAAGAAACAAAUGGACUGUGGCACCUCAGAAAAUGCCGGCAAGUACAGUUUUGAAUCAACGUCAACACAUUGGACUGCAGAAGCUCUCAGCACUGGCCGGAUUCUCACAUUCUGCUUUGGGUCCCAAUAAAACGUAUAAGUUUAUCCAAGAUGAUGCCAGUGGGGAGUCGGCUCUUGUGAGCUCGUGUGUUCGCCUCUUUGAGAACCUGGAGCUGACCUGUGCUGUGGGUCAGUUGGUUUAUGAAACCAUCCAAGCCCACCACAGCGUGUACCGCACAGGAUCAGGAAGCCUGCUGUUCCUUGCAGGAGCGUGGAGCCGUGCUGCUUUGGAAUGCCUUCAGAGAGGAAUUUCAGUAUCACACAUCAUCUCAGCCAUGUCUGAAGGGAUUGGGAUAUGCUUGGAUGUGUGCAAUAAAUGCAGUAUACCAGUGGAGAAUCUUAGUGUAGCUCAUUCAGAGAGCUUUACUGCAAUGCCUUUUGAUGUAAGACUUCAGCAGCUGAAGAAACCCGUCGUAGAGCCUUCACAAACAUCAUCCAACAUGCACAGAGAGCACAAAGUUAGUCAGAAAGCUACAAGUACAGUGGGACAAGUGAAAAUAAAGCUCAGCAGACAUUUUUGUGAGACCAGAGUUGAAAAUCUUUCCACAGACUCACAGCCCCCUGAGCCUCAAGGUCCCAACAUUGCACACAUUGCUGGUGGAUUAAGCCACGGUUCUGCAGAUGCAAUGAAGUUAGCUGUUGAAGCCAGCUAUUUGCAGUCAGAACGAAAUCAACAAGCUAACAGCUCUGUCACCUUUGACAUUUCUAAAGUGGUCACAUGUUUGCUCCCUGGCCUAUCUGAGGAACAUGCAUGCGUUUUACCAGGCUGCAUUCUUCUCUUAUCUGCUGAACAGGCUUCGGUUGCACGUCACUUAAAAAAUCAACACAUACGGGUUGCUCUUAUCACUGGUGAUUUAUCAUAUAAUUAUCGCCAUCUAGGCUUUAGUAGAGCAGCAGGUUUACAUCGGGUGAGUGACCAGCCAGCUUUGUUAAGUUCAAGCAAAGAGGAUGAAUGGUUGGGAAAAGUUGUGACACUUUUGCUGAGCUUGGAAGUGAACCUGAUAUUAGUCAGUGGACUUAUGUGUGACACACUGAUUCAGUGCUGUUGUGGACACAAUAUACUUGUGGUGGAAAAGGUGAAGGCUUCUAUUUUGAAAACGUUUGCCAGUGCAACAGGAGCUGUUCCAGUGACAUAUGCCUCACAGUUGAGCAGGCAGUGUGUUGCCACCGGGGUGAAGGUUGAGCUAUGGAGGGACCUUGGUUACCAGUACAGAAAGCAUAUGACAGCUGUGAAUAUUUCCACUUGUAGGAACAGUGGAUUAGUUACAGUGAUCCUCACAAGCUACGUACAAGGCAAGCUGCAGGCCCUGGAGGACCAGUUUUGGGCCUGUGCUUCUCGGUUGCACCAUGCGUUGAAAGACAGAGCCCUCCUGCCUGGUGCAGGAGAGACAGAGAUGCUUUGUAUCCAUCGCCUUCAGAAACAAGCAAAGUACUGCACAAAUUGGGAUGGUGACACGGUCCAACGAGCCACAACGGACACUGGGACAACCCACUAUAAGGGGGAGGUGUUGCAUCUCAUGGCAGAUGGAUUAAUUGAUUACAUAUGUACUGUAAUGGUUAACACUGGAAGGACCUCAAAGGUCAGAGCUAGGACUGUGGUCAGUCAACAACUGCAGGACUGUAAUGGACCUAUCGCACAGUUCUCACAGCUUUUCUUAGAGGAUGAAAGGGAGGAAGGUGUCUCCUCCUCACCCAUAAAAACACAAGCAAUAAAAAUCUAUGAUAAUCUAAGUGUGAAGCAAGAAGCAUGGAGAAAAGCCUUAGAUGUCGUGUUUCUGGUCUUGCAGACUGAUGCAGAGCUCAUCACAGGAAUGGACCACGAAACAGAUCAUGUGGAGGAAAAUGUGAUGCUGUUGUGAUCUUCAUGCAAAUGUUGUAAAUUAUUGUUUUCUUUUUUUUCUUUUGUUGUUUUUAUUGAUAGAGUCAAUGAUUGAACUUUUAAGUCAUUUCAUUUUCUGCCACAUGGGGGAGACAAAUUACAGUGACGUUACAGUCUGUGCACCCAAACAUGUACAUGGGUAAACUGUUAAAAACAUCUGAUUAAUAUUUAAUCUGAGCAAAGAAAUCUGACUGGACAUUCAACAUUGUUUGGUUUUUGGUAGGACUCACUGGAAGUGCUGCAUGUUCCUCACAGUAAAACCCCUAAAAUUCUC